AUGUUUAUUCAAAGAAGACCAAAACAAAUACAGGCGCAGUUACCUGGGAGACCUAAAGGAGAAGGACCUAAACAAAAUCAACAAAAUGUACCACAGAUAAAACAAAUACCAAUAAAACAAUUACCAAUAAAACAAAGACCAAAUGUAAUAAGAGAAGAUCAAAUAAGAGAUGAUUGGAUAAUUGGUAAUCAAGCUAAACAAAUUAUAAAUCAACCAAAAAUACCAAUACCUCGUCAAAUACCAAUACCUGUAAUAGAACCACAAGUAGAUCGAGGAGCAUUGGAAAUAAAUGUACAAGAAGAAAUAUGUUCUAUAUGUUUAACAGCAUUUGAUAUUAAAAAUUUAGACGGUGUACCUGAUGAAUUAUGGAGAAAUGUAGUACCAGAAAAUAUAUUGAGACCGGACGUGAUAGCUUUACAAAGAUAUAGAGAAAUUCAAGUAAAUAAUAAUCGAAUAGCACAACAAAUAGUUAUUGAAGAAGAAGAAUUCGAUCAACAAGAUGUUUUAGAUUGUCCUAUUUGUCACAUAUCAUUACAUCAAGUUAUAGGAAAGCAACCACCACCACUACAAAAUGAAGAUGGAAAUGUGGAUCCUCAAGAUUUUACAAGAUGUUUUAUUUGUAAUACACCUUUAAGGGAAGCUAUGAAUAGUAAUCCAGAAAUAGUGAGGCUUUGUAAUAAUAAUCGAAGACAUAUGGCUCAUAUGCAUUGUGUGACUAGAUGGUAUGAUAGAGAUGGUAUAGACACAUGUUGUGUUAUAUGUGGUUUGAAUUUAAUUUUACCAUAUGUUCGAGUAAAUAGAAAUCGAGUAUUACAAUAUGAUAGAAAAAGACAAAAUCGUAGAUUGAAUAUUGAGAGACGUGGAAAAGAACGUAUGGUAUUAGCAGCACAGAGAAGACAAAAAAGAAUAGCAGUGAAACAAAGAGAUUUACAUAAUAUUUCACAAUUAGACAGGGAUAAAGAAGUUGAUAAUCAAUUAGAUGCACAACAGAUAAAUUUAGACAAUAAUCAAAAUAUGUGGCAAGGAAGAUUACGAGUUGUAGAUAUGUUUGAAAAUAUGAUAAGAAGAGUUAUUAAUUGA